GAGCACAAAGGGAGCGCGGAGGAGACACCAUGUAAACACGGGAAUCGAACUUGCGUCUUUUCUCCAUUACGCGCCAUUAUCGCUGUUUUAAUAUUACAUGAGCGACAACGAAGAGGGAGUCGCGGGGGGAUAUUAAGAAGGAAGCAAGAAAGGGUUGAAGGUACACGGGUUGUUGGAGUAAUUUUGGACUGAAAUGGUCGCGUUCUUCAAGAAGAUAAAAAAGCGUAACUGUGUAUGGAUGUAAUAUGUUGUUGAAAGCGUAACGGCGUCAGGAAUGGCAAGAAUAUCGCGAUUCUAAGGCGGCUCCAUGGCUUCCCCUACAGCAGCGCUCUGAUCCGUCCCUGCGCCCUCUCCUCCUCCUCCUUCUCCUCCUCUCCUCCCCUCCGGCCUCCGUUUGACCAUGCCCUCUACGGCUCACCUCCUGGGGCUUUCGGGCCUCGGGAUGUCCGACCUGGGCUUCUCCGGGUUGGGGCUGAAGUGCGAGCAGGAGCUGGAGCGACGGUAUGAGAUCGUGCCCUCCGUCGUCUGCUCCAUGUGCUGCCUCUUCGGGAUCAUCUACUGCUUCUUUGGUUACCGGUGCUUCAAAGCAGUCCUGUUCCUGACCGGUCUCAUGUUUGGCUCAGUGGUCAUCUUCAUGCUGUGUUAUAAGGAACGCGUGAUGGACACCCAGCUGAGCGUGGAGGCGUCGGUGGGCAUUGGCCUGGGCAUAGGCACGCUCUGUGGCCUCGUCACCAUGCUGGUGCGCUCUGUGGGGCUCUUCAUGGUGGGGCUGCUGCUGGGGCUGCUGCUCGGGGUGGCCUCGCUGGUGGUGAUGGAAGAGUUCUACCACCCCCGGACAGUGUGGGUACCCAUCGGUGUGCUGCUGGGCUCAGGUACUCUGUUUGCCGUGCUAACCCUCCAGUGGCAGCGCUGUUUCGUCACCCUGUCCACGGCCACGUUCGGGUCGGCCAUUAUCACCGUCACAGUGGACUACUUCAUCGAGCUCUUUGCCCUGGUUUACUACAUCUAUGAGCGCCUCCGGGUAUCUCCCAAGAAGCCACAGUGCUGGUUCACCUGGGUGAUACUGGGGGUGUGGCCUGUGCUGGCUCUCCUCGGGGUCCUUAUCCAGUGGAAAGUGACGGGCGAGGGCUUCUCCCACACAGAGGUGGUUCUGAGCCGACAGCAGAGGAGGGUCCAGCUCAUGAAGCUCCGGCAGAGAGAGGAGCGACUGAGGCAGGAAAACGAGAAGAAGAAAAAGAAGAAAAAACGCAGCCACGCCCACCAGGGGGAGCUCAAACACAAGCCCGCAAGCCAACAGCAGCAGUACCACCACCCAGGCUCCUCCCACUCACAACAGAGCCAUGCCCCACAGCCGCACAAAGCCCCGCUCCCUCAGACAGAGCCCGGGUACCACCGUAAGCCCCAUCCCAAGAGGCGCUUUGACGGCGACGUGCUCUCUCCGAGCUACAUCCGCAGUUUCCGGGACAGGCAGUCAGACCGGCGCUCCUAUUCCCACACCCGGAUCAGCCGCUCCCGCAUGGCUCAGCUGGACUACGACUGCGGCUCCCAGGUCCCACUUACGGCCCCGAGCGGCCCCCCAGCACGCAUAUGAGAGGGUCCUUACACUCCCGUUACUACAAGACACCAAACCUAACCUUACCGUGCCAACCUUACAUUCUGCCUGUCGACCUAUUGGAACUUUAUGGGAUGGUGCAGUGACUAGCAUGAAAAACAAUUGGAGGCUAUGGAGGUCGGAUGGACUCAAAAUUUACUUCAAAAUGAUCUUGAAAGAACAUGAGAGGAUGGACCUACUAAACUAAUUCAA